AUGGAAGAAUCUAGCAAGGUUUUAGAGAUACUGAAAAAGAUUGGCGACAUUGACGUGCGGCGAUUGUGGAUCAUUCACGAUGAAACUUUUCGUGACUUUUUCGAUUGGUUCACAAAAAUCGGUGGCGAGAACCUGGUCACAGAUGGGCUGCUGAACGAUUUCCAAGAGCUAGUUCAAAAUGGCGACGUAUCAAGCGCGGAAGCGCUCGAGGCUCAGUUGCACGAGCUGAACCAGGAGUACCCGAACAUACUCGAAUGCACCGAUAGAGAUUUGGCGGCCCUUGAGCAACAUCUGGAGCAGCUGGUGGAUGUGGAGGAACGGUAUGAGCGGCUACUAAACAGCGCAAAGAAAACGGACGUUUCGCUAACGAAGGAGUUGUCAGAACUGGAACGGAAGGUGUCAGAUCAAGAGUAUAAGACGGAACGAAGCGCUGCUGGAUGCUUGGAAAUGGCCAAGAAGCUAGAAGAAAGCCAAAAAGCGACCCAACAGCAGAUUACGGAGCUACACCAAUGCUAUUAUCAACGACAAAAUCCUCCACUCUUCAUCUACCAAAUGGCGAUCGAGCAGUUCGAUGCCAAAUGCGAUCAGUUCUUGAAGUAUCUCAAGAUGUACGUGAAGAAGCAUUUCACGGUGAAGCGGUUGGACAGCUCCAGGUCAACUGAUGAUGAUGACAACCAGAGGGUAAUCGACGAGCUGGAGAGCAUCAAGAUGCGCCUGGACGCCGAGGAGCUGAAACUGCUCGAGGCAAAGCGGGAAUACGCCGGCGUCACAAAGCUCGUCGAUCGUCUCCAGAAUCACACCUGGCUGCCGAUGAAAGUGUCCGCAAUGAAGAAAAAUUGCGCUGAGCUGAAGAACGCGAACGAGCAGGACCUGCUGCGGAUGGAUCUAUUGCAGCACGAGCUGGAGAUGCUGAUCCGGCAGGUGAACGAGCUGAAGAUCGAGUCGGUGCUGUACGAAAACAACCGAUCAAAGCUGGACCGCGCCGUCAGCCGGCUCGAGUACAUUCAGCGGCUGGACGAGAGCAUCUCGCGAGAGCUGAUGAAUGCCGAACUGUUAUGGAUACUGAUGCAGCUUGAUCUGGAGAAGGUGCGCGAUUGGUUCGAUAACGCGGAUGAAAUGAACGGAGAGUCAAAGCGAUGCUUUAAGCGCAUCGACACCAUGAGCCAGAUCGGGAAGAACACUACACUAGAGGAGGUUUAUGGCGAGUACACGGCGCAGGUUGCUGCCUUGCUGGCACAUGAUAAACCAGGUGGUGAUGAAACGGUUUAUGGGUUGCGGAUGAGCUUACAGCACUUUACCGGACUACAGAAGCAACUCUCAAAACAGUGUGAAUCGAUGGCGAAAGGGAAACACCUACGCAAGACGGAAGAAGCGUUGAAGCAAUUGACCGAACAGGAAAAGCUGCUGUCCCGCUUCGUGUUCGAUGGUCCACUAAACUACCCGCAGUUCUAUGACCAAGAGUACUUGGAGCAAGUGCAGAAGCUGACCUUCACGCUGAACCAGCUGGAACAGGAUCUCCGUAGCCUACGGAAGGAUUUCGUGCAGAACAUCGAAGAAAAGAAGCAAAAUCAAAAGUUUUGGUUUUUCAACCAGCGGCUGUGGAUUUGGUUCCUGACCGAGCCAAAAAAGGUCGCGAUCGCCAUCAAGGAGAUAAAGGCCGAAGCAUCGAAGACGGCCAGCUACAAGGGCAUUUCGGGCAUCAAGUGUAAAUCGAUGGCGGACGAUAUGAAGUUUUAG